UGCUAACGUGUCUAACAAAAUGCCUAAAAUCAGCAAAAGCCAAAAGAGAUCUAAAAAGCAAUAACACAACGUGUGGUUGGUUGUUGCUUUAAGAUAGUAAUACAUUUUCACAUAAAUCAUCAUCAAACUUCUAAGCCAUUUCAACCCAAAACAAAUGCAUUAUUCCAUCUCAUAUUCUCUUCCUCCAUCCUCCAUUUCAACAUCUCCAAUCUCAAAAUCCCAUACAAACAACUUCAUGGCAAAAUGCACCUCUUUGAUCACUGUCCCAAUCCUCUUCCUCUUCCUUGUCUUCCCACAACCAUUACUGUCUCAAGAAAACACUUUUGUUCGACAACCAGCUAGUCAACUCAUCAUCACACCCCAUCAACGCUCAAACUCAGAACCCCAACAGGUUCAUAUCUCGUUGGUGGGGAAAGACAAGAUGAAAGUAUCAUGGAUAACAGAAGACAAGGGAGCAAAAACUAUAGUGGAGUAUGGGAAAAAACCAGGGGUGUAUGAUAAAAAAACAUUUGGAGAAAAAACCUCGUACCAGUAUUUUUUCUACAAAUCUGGUAAAAUUCAUAACGCUGUGAUUGGGCCAUUGGAUGCAAACACGACUUACUUUUACAGGUGUGGAGGUUUGGGUCCGGAGUUUUCUUUCAAGACACCACCGUCCAAGUUUCCUAUUGAGUUUGUCAUUGUUGGAGACUUGGGACAAACUGAAUGGACAGCUUCAACCCUAAAACAUGUGGACAAAACUGACUACGAUGUCUUCUUGUUACCAGGAGACCUAUCCUAUGCAGAUUCACAACAACCAUUAUGGGAUUCUUUUGGUCGUUUAGUAGAACCAUAUGCUAGCAAAAGACCAUGGAUGGUAACCGAAGGAAACCACGAAAUCGAAAUCUUUCCAUUUAUAUACCCAAAAGGCUUUGAAGCUUACAACACACGUUGGCCAAUGCCAUUUCAAGAAAGUGGCUCAAACUCAAAUCUCUACUACUCUUUUGAAGUUGUUGGGGUUCAUAUCGUCAUGUUAGGUUCAUAUGCUGAUUUUAGUGUUGAAUCGGAACAAUAUGAAUGGCUUAAAUUAGACCUUGCUAAGAUCGAUAGAGCGAAAACACCUUGGGUUAUUACAUUGGUGCAUGCUCCUUGGUAUAAUACUAAUGAGGCUCAUCAAGGUGAAGGUGAAUCAAUGAGGGAAGCUAUGGAGGAGUUGCUUUAUAAUGCUCGUGUUGAUUUGGUUUUUGCAGGACAUGUUCAUGCAUACGAACGCUUCACUAGAAUUUAUGAUGACAAGGCUGAUUCGUGCGGUCCAAUGUACGUGACAAUUGGAGAUGGAGGAAACCGCGAGGGACUUGCAUUAAAGUUUAAGAGUCCUCCGAGUCCGCUUUCAUUGUUUAGAGAACCAAGCUUUGGUCAUGGAAGGUUACGAAUACUAAAUGAAACUCACGCAGAGUGGUCAUGGCAUCGCAACAACGAUAGGGAUGCAGUUGUAGCUGAUAGAAUCUGGAUAGAUAACUUAAGUAAGGUUAAAGGCUGCUCAGAUAUACCAAAUUCACAACAAGAUGUUAAUGAAGAACUGUAAAUUACAAUUUUGAACAAUAUUUGUUAAUACAUAAUUUGAAGUUUAAUUGGAUAAUAGUUAUUUUCUCUACUUCUUGGGUGAUAUAUUGAGUUAGGAGGAGAAGUGAAAAAUAUAAGCAUGAUCAUGUAAAUUUCAUUUCUUUGUAUUUUUAAAAAAUUCUAA